UAGUCCUCGCGCUAUGAACGGAACGAGAGGGGUACACUGCUGGUUUAUCCGAGCACACUAGAGAAAUUGUGGCAGCAUGUUAUGCACGAAUUUUGUCAGUAUCGUCUGCUGAUGAACUUUAAAGAGUUGCUGUCUAAAUGUUCGCCGGAAACCAAGGAUCGCAGGACUUCAACGGCCAAUAAGGACUUGUUUUGUUUGACCACCGAUUUUAAUAUGCGUGCUACCGGUGCUGUAUUGGUUUCCCGUUCGCUACUCCAUACAACGUGGUCCCAGCGCGGCUUCAGCAAAAAAACUACAGAAACACCGUAGUCCGAAAUUAUCAAUAUCUGGAAACUGUCUAUACUUUUUCGUUUCUUUUAAUUUCAUGAACAAGCAUUACACAGAGGAUUAUUACUAUUUGCAAACUUCCGUAACUGGACUAAACGUUUUAAUUGAUUUGUACCUGUCAUGGAUAUGCCAUUUUUGUCAAGGACAUAAACACCCCCUAUUCUAGACCUCAGACGGGCACAUGGAACAUUAAUUCCGCUAUACCACACAAGUAGGCUACAAGUCUUGAUGUUCAAUUGCAGACAGAUGUGAUUGUUAUCUUUUCCCUAAAGAUGCAUCAUUUGCUAAGGGAGAACAUGUCAUGCAGUAUGUAACAAUUAUAUCAUCCCAUUUAGUCUUGAAACACUAUGGGGGACUUACAUGUGAGGACUGUGAUUUUAUUCUGGUGUCCGCUUGUAAUUGUCGGAUCAACCCUGGAAAUCGGAGCCUAUGACAUCGAACGAGGGCGACCAGCAAAAUGCGAGCCCAUCACCAUCCCCAUGUGCCAGGGCAUCGGCUAUAACAUGACGAGGAUGCCCAACUUCAUGAAAUACGAGAGUCAGGUGGAGGCGGGCAUCAAGCUGCAGGAGUUCGCCCCCCUGGUGGAGUACGGCUGCGACGUGCACCUCCGCUUCUUCCUGUGCUCGCUCUACGUGCCCAUGUGCGCCGACCAGGUGUCCAACACCAUCCCCGCCUGCCGGCCCAUGUGUGAGCAGGCGCGCCAGCGCUGCUCGCCCGUCAUGGAGCAGUUCAGCUUCGGCUGGCCCGACUCGCUCGACUGCUCGCGGCUGCCCACCAAGAACGACCCCAACUCCCUGUGCAUGGAGGCGCCCGAGAACGACACCAAGCCCGAGGGCAAGAAGGGCGAGGGCAUGCUGCCGCUGCCCCCCAGGCCCAGGCAGCCGGGCGGCACCGGAGCGGCGGGGGGCGUGGGGGGGCUUCCGCCCGGCCUGGGCUCGUGCGCCAACCAGGAGAAGUUCCAGUACGUGGAGAAGAGCCGCUCGUGCGCGCCGCGCUGCGCGCCCACCGUGGACGUCUUCUGGUCGCGCCAGGACAAGGACUUCGCCUUCGUGUGGAUGGCCGUGUGGUCCACGCUCUGCUUCGUCUCCACCGCCUUCACCGUGCUCACCUUCCUCCUGGAGCCGCAGCGCUUCCAGUACCCCGAGCGGCCCAUCAUCUUCCUCUCCAUGUGCUACAACGUCUACUCGGUGGCCUUCAUCAUCCGCUCGGUGGCCGGCGCCGAGAACAUCGCCUGCGACCGCGAGAACGGCGAGCUCUACGUCAUCCAGGAGGGCCUGGAGAGCACCGGCUGCACCAUCGUCUUCCUCAUCCUCUACUACUUUGGCAUGGCCAGCUCCAUCUGGUGGGUCAUCCUGACGCUCACCUGGUUCCUGGCCGCCGGACGCAAGUGGGGCCACGAGGCCAUCGAGGCGCACAGCUCCUACUUCCACAUGGCCGCCUGGGGCCUGCCGGCCAUGAAGACCAUCGUCAUCCUCACCAUGAGGAAGGUGGCCGGCGACGAGCUGACGGGCCUGUGCUACGUGGGCAGCAUGGACGUGACGGCGCUGACCAGCUUCGUGCUGGUGCCGCUGGCCUGCUACCUGGUGGUGGGCACCUCCUUCAUCCUCACGGGCUUCGUGGCGCUCUUCCACAUCCGCAAGGUGAUGAAGACGGGCGGCACCAACACGGAGAAGCUGGAGAAGCUGAUGGUGAAGAUCGGCGUCUUCUCCAUCCUCUACACGGUGCCCGCCACCUGCGUCAUCAUCUGCCUCUUCUACGAGCGCCUCAACAUGGACUACUGGCGCUACCGGGCCAUGGAGGGCAAGUGCGUGGCCUUCCCCGGCCGCCGGAGCGAGGACUGCUCGCUGGACGCCUCCGUGCCCACCGUGGCCGUCUUCAUGGUCAAGAUCUUCAUGUCGCUGGUGGUGGGCAUCACCAGCGGCGUGUGGGUGUGGAGCCCCAAGACGCUGCAGACCUGGCAGGGCCUGUGCCACCGCCGGCUGCCCGCGCGCGGCUCCAGGAAGGCCUGCAACAGCGUCAGCUGCAGCAGCUCGCACUGCUACUACAAGCCGUCCGGCGUGGCGCUGCACAUGUCCAAAACAGACUCCUACCUGGAGAGCCCCACGCACGUCUGACCGCGGCUGCGCAUGUCCAAAACAGACUCCUACCUGGAGAGCCCCAUGCACGUCUGACCGCCGAGUGGGAAAAGCUUCCUCCGUGUUCUUGUGUGUCCAGUGCCAAAAAGAAGGGAGCAUGUUUGUUUUUGUCCUCUAAAGACAUCAAUGCCGGCGAAAAUCACCCAUAGGCAGACAUAAAGGGAGUAUAUGUAUGCGCAUCAUCUGAUAGACUGCUUGUUUGUGCUGGGCAAUUGAAUAGGGGUGUUAAUAGAAUGUAUAUAAGGUAUUCAUGUUUGUUUGGUGUGUUCUCCUUCAGACUCCAGCAGCUGGUUAACUUAUUGUUUUGAGUAUUUAUGUGCAGGCCCCAAUAGGUUUUGCUGUAUGUACUGUAUCGUAUUGUAUAUGAGCACUUGUACUGAAAGAAUAUAAACAACUAAAGUGUUUUUAAAGAAGUCAUAUUUUUCCUAAAUAAAAUACAGUAAUGUAUUGUGGUA